AGAACUAAAGCACUCCAAUGGGAAAGAGAAGUCAAUUCGUAUCGAAGCAUGUCCGUUUGACAGCCGAGCAUGGCUUUCCUGAACCGAAGGACAACGAGUUCAUCGUGCGUCUGGUUCGUUCUCGAGGCGGAAAUACCAUGGAGUGCGAAUGUGAGGAUGGGCAGACCAUACUAUGUUGGCUUCCUGCAAAGUUCAGCAAGGUGGUGUGGGCUCAAAGGGGAGAUUUUCUUAUCGUUGCCCCAAACGCAAAGGAGGAAUCGAGCAAAGUAGCAGCGACGAUCUCUCAUAUCCUAUUUCCUGAACAAGUUCAGCACCUCAGAAAGUUGAGCUGUUGGCCAGCUGGAUUUGAUAGCACUGAGUCCAGACAAGAAGGGUCUGCGGCAUCGAGCAGGCCGUCACAAGCAGUGAGGGGUGACGAUGAAGAAGAUGGCGAGGACUCUGAUGGGUCAGGGAGUGACCCUGACUUGUUUGUGAACCAGAACCGUCUUCAUGACGACUCGUUCGAGGAAAGUGAGAGCGACGAGGCAGAGGAGGAGGAAGGGGAAGAAAACAUCUGAUUUGAUCGUUUUCAUCUUAUUCUUCAGUCACGAAACUUCAACUUCCCUCCUGAAUCAAGGACAUCAAUUCUAUCAACCAUGAUGGCCGAUUAUUCAUAUGUAGAUAAUGCUGUUCUCAAGACAUAUGCACUUGCAUUGGCCAAAGGAACCCGAGACUCACGAGACCCGAGAGAGAACGAGACCUACGAUAAGGCAUGGAAGGUCAGACAAGCUUGGUUGAUGGCUGAGAGGUCUGAACUUCCUGGCGACCAAAUUUGUGUGUAACUUCAAUUGAGCUCUAAUAACCCAGAGAGGGAAGUGAAUCAGUGAACUUCACUUGAAACGUU